CCCGGUACGCGGCUGAUCUCCACUCCCUUCUUAUUUCUUCUUCUUCCCCUUCUGUGCUUCUCUUCUCUAACCUUCACCCGCUCCUGCUCCCCUCGAAUCUGAGCUGACCCACUCUACUCCACCACUCAGCAAGCUGUACCCACGAGAGCGCGCGACCACGCAUACCGUCGGUAGCCCACUCUGCUGCGCGACCUCCGAAGCGAAGCGCCAGAUUUGAUUACCUCGCCGUCCGAGGAGGUCGCAGCUCGACCGGCGCCGGGCACAACCUGAUUGGAUCGGAUCCGUGGACCUUGGCAUAGGUCAUUCUGGUUCUUGGAGGUUAUUGCUAGCCCAUCUCGAAUUAGAUAUGGAGGUAGAGAAGAAGUCAAAGGAUGAAUUACAUCUCAAGAUUAAGAGUAAGGACAAGUCCUCGGUGAAUGAGGAGGACGAGAAGAAGGAGAUCGAGAUAGAAAUUGACGCCAAGGUUGUGGAGAAGGAAGAGGUGUCCAGUGAUGGUUCAAAGUCUGCAGGCAAAGUCAAGGAAACUAAAAAAGACAAAGAAAAGGAAGGGAAAAACAAGUCAGAGAAGCAUGUAGAUGAACAUGAAGACGAUCAGAAGACAAGUAAGAAGGAUAAAAAGGAGAAGGAUGAGAAAAAGAAAGAAGAUGGCGAAGGCUCAGAAAAGGACAAGGCCAAGAAAGGGAAAGAUAAGAAGAGCGAGAGCAAAGAGAAGGAUAAAAAUAGCGCCAAGGAGACUGGACCUGAUGCAGAUGACAGUAGCCCCAAGAACAAAAAGAAGGAUAAGGACAAGGCAAAGAAGAAGGAUGAAAGCGAUGAAAAACAAGAGAAAGACAAAGACAAGGAGGAACAUGAGAACAAGAAGAAGCAUGUAGAAGUGGAUCAGACAAGAGAAAUCAAGCUACAAGAUAAUGAGUCGGCGAAGAAAGGAACUGAUGCUUCUGAAGAGAAGAAGGAUGGCACGGACAAAGCAAAGGAUAAAAGAAAGAGAGACAGUGCGAAGAAGCAAGAUGAACAUAAGGAAAUCGGUGACAAGGACGAACAAGGUAACAAGAAAGAUACAGAGAAGAAGGACAAGAAGAAAGAUAAGACCGACAAGAAGGGGGGAGGCAAGAAGAAGGAUGGCGAUGAUGAGAAGGAAGAAGGUAAGAAGGACAAAGAAGCGAAGGAGAAGAAGAAAGAUAAGACCGGCAAGGAAGAAACUAAGAAGAAAAAGAAGGAUGGGGAGGAAGAAGGUAUGAAGAAAGACAAAGAGAAGAAGAAAGACAAGGGCGGCAAGGAGAAGACCAACGAUCCGGCAAAGCUUAAGAAGAAGCUGGAGAAGAUCGACGCGAAGUUACAAGACCUACAUGCUGAAAAGGAAGACAUCCUAAGGCAGCUGAAGGAGCUCGAAGAGGGAAUGACCACUGAAGAGAAGAAGCCUGUACAGAUAGUGGAAGCGAGUGGCAAGGCCAAGUCCAAGGAAGAUGAUCUUGUUACUGCACCCUGAUCUUCUGGAAAUCUUUGACUUGUUGACACUUGCUGUGAUUUUAUAUGGUUGUAACGCGAAUAAUUUCUGAUCUGGGUACGUGCACACGUUUCUGUGUGCAGUACAGAACUCCCUCUAUAUACAUAUACAGCUUGAGUGUAAGAAUAUAAACGCCCAGAAAAAUAAAAUAAACACAUUAAACA